CCGGCGGCCAGUCAGCGUCGCUCGUCCGCGUAGCCCGGAGCCCCGGGGGAUGCUCCCGGCCCGCACCCCCCAUGGCCGCCGACGUCUUCAUGUGCUCCCCGCGCCGGCCCCGCAGUCGGGGCCGCCCGAUGCUGCUCAAACCUCAGGUGCCUGAGGACGACGACGACUCGGACACCGAUGAACCGUCCCCGCCGCCCGCCUGCGCUUCGGCCGCGCCGGCCCGGGCCCACGCGAGCGCCGCGCCGCCGCCGCCUAGGGCCGGGCCGGGCCGCGAGGAGCCUCCGCGCCGCCAGCAGAUCAUCCACAGCGGCCACUUCAUGGUGUCGUCGCCGCACCGCGAGCACCCGCCCAAGAAGGGCUACGAUUUCGACACGGUCAACAAGCAGACGUGCCAGACCUACAGCUUCGGCAAGACCAGCUCUUGCCACCUGUCCAUCGACGCCUCGCUCACCAAACUCUUCGAGUGCAUGACCCUGGCCUACAGUGGGAAGUUGGUGUCUCCAAAGUGGAAGAAUUUCAAGGGCCUGAAGCUCCAGUGGAGAGACAAGAUCCGGCUUAAUAAUGCCAUCUGGCGGGCGUGGUAUAUGCAGUAUUUGGAGAAGCGCAAGAAUCCUGUGUGCCACUUCGUCACUCCACUAGAUGGCUCUGUGGAAGUAGAUGAGCAUCGCAGGCCAGAGGCCAUCACCACUGAAGGGAAGUACUGGAAAAGCCGCAUUGAGAUUGUGAUCCGGGAAUAUCACAAGUGGAGAACCUACUUCAAGAAAAGGCUACAGCAACACAAGGAUGAGGACCUUUCCAGCCUGGCUCAGGAUGAUGACAUGCUUUAUUGGCACAAACGUGGGGAUGGAUGGAAGACCCCGGUCCCCAUGGAGGAGGACCCACUGCUGGACACAGACAUGCUCAUGUCAGAAUUCAGUGACACCCUCUUCUCAACGCUUUCCUCACACCAGCCGGUGGCCUGGCCCAACCCCCGGGAAAUAGCACAUCUGGGAAACGCAGACAUGAUCCAGCCGGGGCUGAUUCCUCUGCAGCCCAAUCUGGACUUCAUGGACACUUUCGAACCCUUCCAGGAGUUACCUCAGGGGGGAACACCCUCUGGCCAUUGCAUUCCUCUGGACCUCUUCUCUUCCAGCCGCUCCAUUUUUGGUUCCAUGCUGCCUGCUCCUGUCUCAGCACCUGCACCAGAUCCCAACAGCCCUCCUGCUCAGGAGACCAUCCUGCCAACCAGCGCGCUCCCCACUGUGAGCCUCCCCGAUAGCCUCAUAGCACCUCCUGCAGCCACCGCCUUGGACCCCACGGAUCGGCAGGGCUGUGAACGAGCCCCGCGGCCCGGAGACCCCUUUAUCCAGCCUACGGACUUCGGUCCCCCUGCACCACCCCUGAAUGUCCCUCAGCCUUUCCUUCCUGUGUUCACCAUGCCCUUGCUGUCUCCCAGCCCUGCCCCAGCACCUACUUCUCCUGCCCUGCCUUUAGCCCCGCCCCCUGCCACUGCCUUGAGCCCCUCGGCUCCACCUACCUUCCUGCAUCCAAAGUUUGCUGGCGCCAGCAAGUCACCCUCCGUCAUCACACACACGGCCUCUGCCACUCUCACCCAUGAUGCGUCUGCCACCACCUUCAGCCAGAGCCAGGGCCUUGUCAUCACAACCCACCACCCCACACCCUCGGUGUCCCCCUGUGGCCUGGCACUGCCUCCAGCUACCCGGCCGCCAACUGCUGGGCCUCCCCAACCGUGUUUAACUUUUGUGCACCCCAAGCCUGUCUCUUUGACUGGGGGAAGGCCCAAGCAGCCCCCCAAAAUAGUGCCUGCUCCCAAACCAGAGUCUGUGUCCGUGGUAUUGAAGAAUGCUUGCAUUGCCCCAGCUGCCUUUUCAGGACAACCACAAGCAGUGAUUAUGACAUCAGGCCCUCUGAAGAGAGAAGGGAUGUUGGCUUCUACUGUGUCCCAGUCCAAUAUGGUCCUCACACCUACUGCCAUUGCCCGGGGUCCUGGAGUCACGGAGUUCCACAGUGGCAUCCUGGUGACAGACCUUGGCCACACCACGAGCAGCCAACCUGCCCCUGUCUCUCGGCUCUUCUCUCCAAGCACGGUGCAAGACUCCCUGGUGAAGGGCGAGCAGGUCCCUGCCACGGGUUCUAGUCGAGAUUGCCCAAACUCAGGGCAGGCCUCUCCAUGUGCUUCUGAGCAGAGCCCCAGUCCCCAGUCGCCCCAGAAUAACUGCUCAGGGAAAUCUGCAGACCCCAAAAAUGUAGCUGCUUUAAAGAACCGGCAGAUGAAGCAUAUUUCAGCUGAGCAGAAAAGGCGCUUCAACAUCAAGAUGGGCUUUGACACCCUCAACAGUUUGAUUUCUAAUAAUUCCAAGCUGACCAGCCAUGCCAUCACACUGCAGAAGACCGUGGAAUACAUCACCAAGCUGCAGCAGGAACGGAGCCAGAUGCAGGAGGAAGCCCGGCGGCUGCGGGAGGAGAUUGAGGAGCUCAACGCCACUAUCAUCUCCUGCCAGCAGUUGCUCCCUGCCACGGGAGUCCCUGUCACCCGGCACCAGUUUGAUCACAUGAGAGACAUGUUUGAUGAGUAUGUGAAGAGCCGGACCCUACAGAAUUGGAAGUUCUGGAUCUUCAGUAUCAUCAUCAAGCCGCUGUUUGAGUCCUUCAAGGGGAUGGUGUCCACCAGCAGCCUGGGAGAACUGCACCGGACGGCGCUGUCCUGGCUGGACCAGCACUGCUCCCUGCCUGUCCUCAGGCCAACGGUGCUGAACACCCUCCGGCACCUGAGCACGACCACCUCCGUUCUGACAGACCCAUCCCAGCUGCCAGAGCAGGCGGCAGAGGCUGUCACCAGAAUUGGCAAGAGAUCUGGGGAGUCCUAGCAGCGCCUAGCGGGCACAAGGCUGCACAAGAUGCCGUGGAGGCUCUUCCUUGCCUGCGGAGAGGAUGCUGCACCCCACGCCUCUCCUGAUGCAGAGCUCAGGGCUCCCCUCCAACUCCACUGGCCCACUGGGCCACUCAGAACACUGCACUCAGGUCUGCAGCAGGUUCGGGUCCUGCCAACAGCAAUAGCCCAUCUUUGGGAACCCCUUGCUGUGAACUCUUACUCAGCGACCUCAGUGGUGACCUCCCUUCCCUGCCCUCGGGCAGCCCAAAGUCCUGUCCUGCUGGCAGUCUGCUGGGCCUUUGGUGCCUGUGCAGGGAGUAGGUGGGACAGAGGGUCAGGGCCUGCUCCCGUGAGAUGGUUCUGUUCUCAGACUCAUGGGUGCUUGCUCCUGUUACCCUCCAGGCACCCGGAUGGCCCUGAGUGAUUGAUUCCCUGUGCCACUCUGACUCACCCGUGGGGCAGGUGGAAGGCAUCCUUCUUCCUCCCUCAGACUCUGACCUUGUAAGUAGGUUUGAAUGGCUGCUCAGGCUUGCGCACGGUAGGCUGCUCCCACCACACAGGCCGCCAGGGAACCCCAGAAGCUGCGUGCAAAAGCAGUAGAUGUGAAUGCACUCGGGACAAGAAGGAAAGCACAAGCAAUGCAAAGCUGCUGCUCUGGCUCAGGAAGCCCCUCGGGCAGCGCUGCGGGCUGGUGUCACUUCAUUCUGGCUGGUGUGGCAGCAGCCAUGUGUUGGUGACUUGAGAACCAUGGCAGGGACUCAGGCGGGGCCUCAUUGGGCACCACCUCACAGCAUGGCCCUUGUUCACCUGCUUCUAAGCUGCAACCUCGGAUGAGCCAGCAGUGUUCAGUGGACGCUCAUAGCCCUCAGGGUGUAACAUUUGAAAGGCCAGACUCCACGGCACCGCCAUUGGCCUGUCAUCUUGUCUGGAUUGUUCAGCCAGGAGCCCCAAACCAUAACAGUUCUUGGACCAAAGAUGUCACCACACCCAAAGUCUGUCCUGUGUUGUGUUUCAAAGAAGAAAUUGUUGACAGGCAGAACUUUGAGGCAACCAGCCUCAGAGCUGUCUAGGCAUCUCCCAGAUCAGAUAGUGAAGAAUUACACUCAUAUUUGAUCAAGGCGGGGGGAUAUCUGAAGGCAGUGGCCUACUUCUGAAUGUGGGAGUUGCAUUUGGAAUGUCCAGGCCCAUCCUCUUGCUGUAUCUGCAGGAAGGAGCUGCAGAUGGAAGGGCGGGCGCUCUCUCUAACACUCAGGUAGACCAGCCAAGGGUACCUCCUCAUUGAAAGAAUGUGCUUUUAACGUCCUGCUGUGAAGUUCAGAGGGUCAGUGGUCUUUCAUUCAGCCUCUGUCCUCCCUGCCAGAGAUGGAGCCUGGGCAGUGCUAAGCAGGCCAGAAUUCCUGGGUAGGGUCUGUGGGGGGCACUGAGGGCUACCUCCUGGAGUGUGGAUGCAUUCAGAGGCUCCCACUGGUUCCUGGAGGCCCUGCUGAAGAUGCUCAGGGGCAGCCAGCCCUGCGUCAGCCCCAGCUGAUGGAAGAUGGAAGGGGUGUCUACUCCCUGCCUCUGGAUGUGCCACCAUCUCUGCUGCAGGUCACCGACCAGUCACCUAUUCCCUUGUCUGUGCUUCAGCCCCGUCCAAGAGCAGCUUGGCGGCAUCCCUCAGCCUCUCCAGAAAAUGUGUUUACAGGCCUCCCACAUCACUUCCCUGAGGGGUAAGCACAAGACAAGGCUGGGCCGAUCCUUCACGUCCACUGGGAAGUGGUAAGAGAACUCAUCCUUCACCCCAGGAUAAACACGAAGUCGCCCUUCAAAAGGGGAAACACCACCAUGGUAAGAACUCACUAGGGUCAAAAGGAAAGACACAAGAUGUCCCCAGCUACAAGGGUUCAUGGAGGGCCAUGAGCUUGGUCCCUUCCCCAGUUCCUGUGCCUUUGUAAACCAUACAAAUGGCCGUAGUGCUCGGCCCAGCAAGACCUCUCCUAAAUUAGCAGCCUUCUCCCUACCCCGUGAUCAGCAUGGGGAUUUUUUUUUUUUUUAACUCCGUGGGAUAUAAAAUUGGCCUCUUGCUUCUUCGGCCUACCUCUCCUCUUCCUUUUGCUGAAUUAAUGUUCAUGAUUUUGUUAAAUAUUUAAGGCUGUUAGGUCAUGUAAGACAUGAAGGGUGUGUGUGUGUGUGUGUGUGUGUGUGUGUGUGUGUGUCCUAGCAGACUGUUAACUAGAUGCAUUUUUUUUUCAUGUUUUUGUUUUGAGACAUUUACUUAAAUCCAUUUCUCUUGGUGCUCACAAUUACCAUGGCGAUAGGGCCACAAAGCUGUAUCUCUUACCACAAACAUGAUUGUUUCUUGUCCCAGAAUCAUUUCUUAUGUUGGAAUCUUGCCUGAUGAACCUGGCCAGACAUAGGGGCACAGCUGGGGUGCUAGGACAGCGAGACCACUCUGCCAGAGGCCUCAAGCGCAUGCUGAUCGCAGGGCUGUGCUCUGUUUACACUCCUCACCCCUGCCACUGCCUCUGCUCCCAUAAAAGAAACUUUAAAAUGCUGACACUUUGGAGAAUAAAAAAAAUCAAUCUGAAAAGGGGGGGAAAAAAAAGCCUGUCUGGGACAUAAAUCUGAAAAGCAUUUCUAUGAAAUCUUUCUGUGCCAUCAGCUCCCUUCGAACUACUACCUGCUCUUUCACGAUGAGUGGGAAAUGUAGGGACAGGGCAGGUGCCACCAUGGGGCUUUCUGAAAGUUGGUGCGGCCCGUCCCUCGUAUCUCAGGCAGGUGACACCAGCAGUCACUCCCUGCCCAUGCAUCCUGGCUACUAUCCAGCAGAUUUUCUCACAGGAGCAGCAGACCCAAUGUCAGAAGUUAGCGUUAAUGAGGUGCUAACGGGUGUCGCUGGCUUUCUGUCAAGAGGAAGGGCUGGAGGGCAGGGAACUACCAGCUCUGCCCUGUUCCUGGAGCCUCCGCAGGAGGAGAGGUGGUCAGUGGUUGACCAUGUGUCCUUGGGAACCCAGCUUCAUCUGCUUCCUGUCCUUGUGACCUGACCCCUUCUCCCCUUGCUAGAGGUUGGGCCUGAAAGUUUUUCUGCUCUGGCCGACAGAAAUAAAAACUUUGACUCUGAACGAGCAUGGCAUCCCAGGGUGAUGCCAAUCACUUUUGUCUCACCCUGGGUGGAGGAGUGUAGUGGCAAGUGACCUGAGAACAAGAGGAAUGAGGAGCAGGUUCGUUUCCAGGAUUACACGCUAUCACAGUCUAGCUGAAGCACUCAUCGGCGUGGUGCGGGGCUGUCCUCUGUGGUCUCUGCCCCACUGCCCAGGACUCCCCCUCCCCGCCGCACCGGGUGCAAGCUGGCCUACUCUCUUCUCUCUCUGGUGGAAAGUUGUCUUUCCCUAGAGAUGCCCUGGUUCCCAUUAUGCACUUUGCCAGUGAUGAAGCCCACCCACCGCUCAUGGGAACUUAGCUUUCCCAAGUGUUCCCGAGGUCAUGGUCUCACUGGGAAAGAGAGAUGGGAGGCCCUGGUGUGAGCAGCAUGGCGGCCGUGGGUCAGAAUCUUUGCUCCUUGCCCUGAUACCUCCUAUGUUGAGGAUUUUCACAUCUGAGCAUGGACAAGGGGAGAAGAGGGUUGAAGGUGGAAGAGCUUGGAAGCUCAACACCUGUUUGUAACAUUCAGUAGUGUCCUUGGCCUUGACCCUCUCGGAUCAGAGGGGCUGCAGGAGCUGGGAGAAACCUUAGGUCCUACUGUGUACCACCACAACUGCCCCAUUUUCUUUCCCUUCUGAGGAUUUGUCUUUCCUGGCUCCUCAUGCAGGGGGCUGUUUCCUCAUUGGGGUUUGCGAAAAUCAGCCUUUGAGAAAGAAAAGGGAACUUUUCAUGUUGAACGUUGGCUUUGAUUCUGUGUGUGUUGCGUGUGUGUGUGUGCAUGUGUGCAUAUGUGCAAGUGCUUGCACAAGCCCACCUGUGUGCGUUUACUUAAUGGAAUUUUAUUUUUGUGAAAUUCCUUCCCAAUUAUGUAGCAGAAUUCAUCUCCAUCUCCUGGUCAAAGUUUUGGUUUCAUAGUCAACCCUGGGUGUCACUAUUUGAAGAAUUCUCUUCUGGGUUUCUAAAUAAAGGUGUGCUCCUCUCAAGGCUUGAGACUGAGGAGGGUUUGGGAGAAAUGGAUACAUUUCCAUGGAGUUUGCCCUGCAGCUAAAGGGCAUGGAGGGCUCGGCCUGGGGAGACAUGACUGCCAGGCUGUGUUUCACACAAGGGAGCUUGAGUGCCGCCUCUCCCCCACAGCACCCCGCUCUUUCCACACCCCAGUCUCUUAGCCCACAAAAGGGAACCUUGUUCAUCUACUUAUUUUGUAACAUCACAACUGAGCCACCACGUCCUCCUUUUCCAGGUUCCAGUUCAUUGUGUAAAUGGUUCGUUUUUUUCUGUGGUGAGCUUUGGUGAUUGUGUCAGGGCUCUUUUAGGAGACGGUUUCCCCUCGUGGUAUGAACAACAAAACCCAAGGAGAGCCUUGUCAGUUGGGGGUUCCCUCAGGCCUGCGCCGUCCAGAACACCACCCUUCAUGCUCUGCUGCUGAGAAGCCCAUUUCCACCAGCUGUAUUCAACACUACAAUGCAGUUUUAAAACUAUAUUUGCAUCCGAGACAAUAAAAAGCUGUAUUUUUUUGAAAA